CUUCCCGGCCCCCUCACUCUCGAGCUCUUGGGGCCGUCUUCCUCGUGGGGCAGCCGCCCCACUCCUCGGCCCUAGCCGCUGUUUUAGCUGGACCCUGUCACCCCCCGACUCGGGGAGGCCCAGAGGCGGCUGACAGUUUCCUGGGGAGGUGUCGGCAUUGGGAGACCAGGACACUGCCAUCACCGCGCCAGAAGCUGGACCAAGGGGUAAUCAGGUGGCUUUCUGAUAGGAAGAAGAGAGCGCUACAGAAGAAAGAUGUAGAUGUCCGUAGGAGAAUUGAACUAAUUCAGGAUUUUGAAAUGCCUACUGUAUGUACCACUAUUAAGGUGUCAAAAGAUGGACAGUACAUUUUAGCAACUGGAACAUAUAAACCUCGGGUUCGAUGUUAUGACACCUAUCAAUUAUCCUUGAAGUUUGAAAGGUGUUUAGAUUCAGAAGUUGUCACCUUUGAAAUUUUGUCUGAUGACUACUCAAAGAUUGUCUUCUUACAUAAUGAUAGAUACAUUGAAUUUCAUUCGCAAUCAGGUUUUUACUACAAAACCAGAAUACCAAAGUUUGGGAGAGAUUUCUCUUACCACUCUUCAUCCUGUGACUUGUACUUUGUUGGUGCAAGUUCUGAAGUUUAUAGGUUAAACUUAGAACAAGGACGAUACCUGAAUCCUCUACAAACUGAUGCCGCGGAGAAUAAUGUUUGUGACAUAAAUUCAGUGCAUGGCUUGUUUGCCACAGGCACCAUAGAGGGUAGAGUGGAGUGCUGGGACCCAAGAACUCGAAACAGAGUUGGCCUGUUAGAUUGCGCCUUAAACAGUGUCACAGCAGAUUCAGAGAUAAACAGUUUACCAACAAUCUCUGCUUUGAAAUUUAAUGGUGCCUUGACCAUGGCAGUUGGAACAACCACAGGGCAGGUUUUAUUAUAUGACCUUCGAUCUGAUAAGCCAUUGCUUGUUAAAGAUCACCAGUAUGGGCUGCCCAUUAAGUCUGUUCAUUUCCAGGAUUCAUUAGAUCUGAUUUUGUCUGCUGACUCUCGAAUUGUCAAGAUGUGGAAUAAGAACUCCGGAAAAAUAUUUACUUCCUUGGAGCCAGAGCAUGACCUUAAUGAUGUUUGUCUCUACCCCAACUCAGGCAUGCUUCUGACGGCCAAUGAAACCCCCAAGAUGGGCAUCUAUUACAUUCCAGUUUUGGGUCCUGCUCCUCGGUGGUGUUCCUUCUUAGACAACUUGACCGAAGAAUUAGAAGAGAAUCCAGAAAGCACAGUCUAUGAUGAUUAUAAAUUUGUCACCAAGAAAGACCUUGAAAAUUUAGGGCUCACCCACCUCAUUGGAUCUCCUUUCCUCCGGGCAUAUAUGCAUGGGUUUUUCAUGGAUAUAAGACUCUAUCACAAGGUGAAACUGAUGGUAAAUCCAUUUGCUUAUGAAGAAUAUAGGAAAGAUAAAAUACGACAGAAAAUAGAAGAAACACGUGCACAGAGAGUCCAGUUAAAGAAAUUGCCAAAAGUUAACAAAGAGCUGGCACUUAAAUUAAUUGAGGAAGAAGAGGAGAAGCAGAAAUCUACAUGGAAAAAGAAAGUUAAGAGUCUUCCUAAUAUUCUCACCGAUGAUCGAUUUAAAGUUAUGUUUGAGAACCCUGACUUCCAAGUAGAUGAAGAGAGUGAAGAAUUUAGGCUUCUGAAUCCACUUGUUUCAAAAAUUAGUGAAAAAAGGAAGAAGAAACUAAGACUCUUAGAGCAACAAGAACUUCGUGAAAAGGAAGAGGAGGAAGAGCCGGAAGGAAAACCAAGUGAUGCCGAAAGUUCGGAGAGUUCAGAUGAUGAAAAAGCCUGGGUUGAAGAGGUCAGGAAGCAACGCAGACUCCUCCAGCAGGAGGAAAAAGUGAAGCGGCAGGAACGACUCAAGGAGGACCAGCAGACAGUCCUAAAGCCCCAGUUUUAUGAGAUCAAAGCAGGAGAAGAAUUUAGAAGCUUCAAAGAUUCUGCCACAAAGCAGAGACUGAUGAACAAAACCCUUGAAGAUCGUUUGAAAAUUGAAGCAAAAAAUGGGACACUGAGUGUAUCUGACACCACCGUUGGCAGCAAACAAUUGACAUUCACGUUAAAGAGGUCUGAACAGCAGAAGAAGCAACAGGAGGCUGAGAAACUGCAUCGACAAGAAAGGAAAAGACUCCGUCGUUCGGCCGGGCACCUGAAGUCAAGACACAAAAGAGGACGGUCGUUUCAUUGAUUUGGGAAGUGGUCCUACCUGUGAUUAGGGAGGGGUAUGUCUCCCCCAAACUGAUCAUCGUUAGGGUGUUAAACACAGACAAGGGAACACACGUGUUUAAAGUUCAUGUACAUUCCUGUACACAGAGGGAAAGAUUUGAAAACCUGUGCCUUGUGGAUUGGACUUUGAAGCUGGGCCCUGCCGAUGGCCACCGCAUAGCCCCAAGGGUGUGCUUGCAAGCCGUUGCUCCCUGGAAACAUUGUCCUUUCCCCAUGGUUUUAAUCAUGAAAACCAGGUUGGUUGAUUUUUUUUUUAAUAUUGUGAAAUGUACACCAUGAAAUGAAAGGUUUAUCCUGUGCCAAAAACCAAGGUUUAUCAUGCUCUAGAACUUUUUUCUUGCACUGCCUACCGCCAUUCAUGAUUAAACCAUCCAGAAAUAGCA